UUUCAUGAGCAAGACUACGCCGAAGACUUCUUUUCUAAGGCAAACAUGAGUUCCGGGAAUCUCGGGGAACGACCCCCAGAUCGCCGUACAACUGCGAGAAAGGAGAAAGAACUAGACAAAGCCCUGCCAGUUCUGAGCAAGCCGGAUGAGUGCCCUCCUGGUCCCAAACCCCACGCUGGGACUUCGGUGACUGGCUUGCAUGUGACAUCUGGGGAACGGCUUCGAUUUAGCAAACCCCAGAAAUCUGGUAUACGUAUGCUAUCUGGUAGACCCUACCAGCAGCACCAUCUUGGCACAUUUCCUCAUCUGGAGAAUAAGCCAGUGUGUCGUAACCCCCAGAAGACCAGCAGCCAUAAGGACAUCCUGCCCCGUAUUGCUCCUGUUAUCCACAAUACUCCUCCUGUGAUCCCGCCACCCAGCGCUGUCGAUAGGCCUCGGACCUCGAAAUUCAGGUCCACAGUGGAGAAUCUUCCAGAAUGCAUCAACAACAGGCAAAGUACAGUUCCCUACAAUGGAGCAAAGUCACUGCCCCUAACACCAAGAGAGGCACUGAAAAUAUUCAGGGAUAAGCUGUCGGAGUUUGAGCAGGAAGAGAUCAUUAACUUUCCGGAGAUCUACUUCCUUGGUCUCGAUGCCCAGAAGAUCGAAGCAGUUAAAGGGGCUCCUCAAAACAAUGGCUUUGAUGAUGAGAAUGGCAUGUACAUCAAGGUUUUGCAUGAUCACCUUCAAUACCGCUAUGAAGUUCUGGAGGUAAUUGGAAAGGGAUCAUUUGGUCAAGUCCUGAAAUGUAUGGAUCAUAAGACCAAAGAACUGGUUGCUGUUAAGAUUCUUCGCAACAAAAGGAGAUUGAAGCACCAAGGCCUAGUGGAGCUCAAGAUCUUGGAUCUGUUGUGCAAAAAAGAUCGGAAUAACCACUUCAAUAUCAUCCACAUGAAGGAGCACUUUAUGUUCCGUGAUCACCUAUGCAUCACCUUUGAGCUCCAGGGGGAUAACCUCUAUGAGACUAUAAAGAAGAACCGCUAUAAGGGCUUCAGCCAAGCCACAGUCCGUCGCUUCACUCACUCCAUCCUUAAGUGUCUGCAGGUGCUUCGUCAUGAGAAGAUAAUCCACUGUGACCUAAAGCCGGAGAACAUCGUUGUUACCCAGAACGGCUCGCAGAACAUCAAAGUGAUCGAUUUUGGAUCUAGUUGCUUCGAUCAUGAGAGAGUGUACUCUUACAUCCAGAGCCGCUUCUACCGCUCCCCUGAGAUCAUCCUGGGCUGCAGCUAUGGCAUAGAGAUUGAUAUGUGGAGCCUUGGCUGCAUCAUUGCGGAGCUGUACACCGGCGUGCCACUCUUUCCUGGAGAGAAUGAGAAGGACCAGCUUGCCCUCAUCAUGGAGGUGCUGGGAGUGCCUCCGGAGGAGAUGCUUCAGGCUGCGCCAAGGAUGAAAAAGUUUUUUGAGCCUAAUGGCAAACCAAGGCCCUACACAAAUAGCAAGGGCAAGACCAGAAAAACUGACUCCAAAGAUCUGGCCAGCAUUCUGAAGACCUCUGAUCCACUCUUUCUGGACUUCAUCAGAGGCUGCCUUGCCUGGGACCCAACUAAGCGUAUGACUCCGGAUGAGGCCCUUCAGCAUGAUUGGUUUACGGAGGCCCAAAACAGGUGCCGCACAAGGAUCCGUACCUCCAGGAAGACAGUUGAGGUCAACACCCCUCCCCAGUCUCCCAAGCAGGCGCCCAAAAAAUCCAUCCCUCUGGUGGCCGGGAAGUCCAUUAAACCGGUGGCCAAGAGGUCAAUCAUGCUGGUGGCCGAUAAGUCUCACCGUCUCUACUCUGCUAGGUCCUACAAGCUGGGCCAAGCAGGAAAGACCGAUAGGCAGAGCCCCGGGAGAGACAAGCUGGCUUCUCUGGACCACUAAUCUGUACCAGGUGCGACGGCCUGGAAGUAUGCAGCGGAGGGAGCAAUCAAGGUCCCCAGCAGUGGUGGCAGCAGGUGCAAGGUGGCCAAACCAAAGUCAAACCCAUAUUAUCAUCCCCUCCCACAUGGAUGCCACAACCCUUACUUCAGACCUGGAUCUUAAACAGGUCUGGCCCCGCCUCAACUGAGAGGCAACAACUAGGGCUGUUUUGAGGGUGGUAAGGUGGUAUUCAUUUGCUCAUGCUUCUCGUGUGUAUCCUUACAUUCUUGACGCUAAGGGCCCGGAUCCACCCAAACUUCAGGAAUAUUUGGACACACAGGAGGUAUUGACAACUUAACAGCUAAGUUACCCCUUGCCCUCAAACUGAAGCCCUUCAUUAGGCCUACUGGCUAUAGGGUCAAGGAUGAUGCUUGAUUCGUGUGUGUGUGUGUGGUCAGGAAAUCACAGUGCUAUCACACUGCCUCCUGGCACACCUCAGCUCCCGAAUUAAAAGUGCUCACCUUUAAACUUUAAAGACCAAAAACAUCAUGUCAUUUGGUAACCAUGCUGAAUGACAUGCAAUGGUUUGUAGGAAAUUAAUUGGAUACACUUUGGAUAUUCGGCCACCCCUUUCUAAAUUUCUUACCAUGCUCCUAAUGUUGCACUUUAGUACUCAUUGACAUCUUUCAAUCUUUCAGAUUUCAAAGAUAGUAAUGCAAGUAUAUUGGUGCUCCUGAGCUGAAAUAUUGAGUGCAGACACACCUUUGUAAAGUAAGUCAGCCUGCAUAUAUUACCGACAGCCUGAAUUAAAUCACUGAGCUGUAUUUCUAACCUCUACAUUUGCAUGAAUGUACUUGUGCAUCUGUUAUUAACACCCAAGGGAGCAGAUCUUAACCCUUAACUUUCUCACUAUAAUUCUGUUAGCCUAUCUGUUGCAACUUUGCAAUGAUUCUUAGGAAAUUAUUUGGAUAAAUAAUUGAACCAAACCUUCAUACCAUGCACCUAAAGCAGAAUUAUAACAUUGAGUGUGGAUCACUUCAAGGGAUCUACGCACCUUUGUAACAUAAUUAAGUCUUCCUUUAUCAUUGCAUGGAUAUAUUUGAACAUCUAUUAUUUAAACAUGGGAGUAGAUAUUAUCCCUCAUAUACUCAUCUACUCACAGUAAUUCUCUACCAAAGAUGCAGAGAGUACUGCCUAAAAUUCCAGAUUGAUGGUACAAGACACUGAAUGCUGAAGACAUUGAGUGCAGAUCAAGCGCUGGGUUUACGCACCUUUGUAACAUAAUUCUGUCUUCAUUUGUUACCCAUCGUCUGAAUAAAACCACUGAGUGCGGGUUAUUGUUUUGACCUACGCACCUUUGGUUUCGAUUAGAACAUCUUACCCAUUGCAAAGUGCUUCAGAAUAAUCUCUGACUAAUUUCUAAUCAACUUCCAAAAGAUCUGUCUCAAGUAUUGUUGAGCAUCUAUUAUUAAAACACAAGGAAGCGGGUCUUAACCCUGAUCUGCUCACCUACUCACAGUAAUCCUCUUAAACAUUGAGUGUGGAUCAUUCCUUUUGAUCUAUUUUGACCUUUUAUUUUUAAUCUAAGGACUAAAUCUGAAUAAAUCUAUACAAAAACCAACCUAUAUUCCUAAUGAGGCUACCUGUUAGAAAGGUGGAGGUGGAGAUUUAGAAUAUCUAUUUUCUACUCCAUGCACUUUUGAUCACAUGUAAGCAGACGUAAAUUAGUCAUGAUUUGCUUUGAGUGUGACGGCUCCAUCUAGUGACAUCUAGUAGAAAUGUUCCUGACCUGAGUGAUUGUGACGUGAUGUGACGUGUUAUGAUGUUAUGAACAAGCAGCAUCAUUGACCUUAAGCUUUUACCAAACCAUCAUUAUAGACACAAUUUGACGUCCCCCCCCCC